AAAAACAAAUUUACCUGAAGUGACAAAAGCAUUCAAAUACACAACGCGCGCGAUGAAGGUGAACGCGGACUUGUCUCUUGCCGCCGUCGUACACCACGAUGAUAUCAAUUACGUUUCGUCGCCAUCGCAAGGGGUCUUCCGUGGUAUGCUCGAUCGAGACGGCGACGAAGUGGCACUUGCUACUACCCUGGUUCGGUACGCCCCGAACUCGUCGUUCCCGCCACACAAGCAUGGCGCGGGCGAAGAAUUCCUCGUCCUGGAGGGCACGUUUAACGACGAGCAUGGAGCGUAUCCUGCUGGAACUUAUGUUCGAAAUGAAAUUGGAUCGGUGCAUGCCCCUUCCAUUGGCAGCGACGGGUGUCUCAUCUUGGUCAAGUUGCGUUGGAUGGUCCCAGACGACACGCACGUCGUCGUGCAUGAUACGGCUUCCGCGUCGGCAAAGCACUGGACGGCCUUGUCGGUGGGGGGCAACGUUCGCUCUUUGUACCACAACCCGUCGACAGGAGAACAUGCGUGGUUUGCCGUGCUCGGUGCUGGGGCUCGCGUGGAGAGUCUGGAUGGAUUUGAAGGCGGCGAAGAGGUCUUUGUGGUUGCCGGGACCGUGACAGCUCUGUACGCGGGCACGUCAACGCAAUUGCUCAAGUACUCGUGGCUGCGGCUCCCGCCUUCAGCACAAGGUGGCAGCGUCGAUUCGUCCACGAAGACCGUGUUUCACAACACGAGUACGUCCGAAACACACCUGUUCAUCAAGACUGGCCAUCUGCGUCGAUUUGUUUGCAGCUUAACGGCUGGUAGUUAGGGCUAAGCCCAGGCCGUGAAAAGAAACUCGUAUAGAUUCCAACGUAAUGCCGAGUUGGGAUCAAAGAUGAGGAUCCAUGUACAAUUGCUCAUCGUGGCUUGUACUGUGGCUCGAA